AUGGUUUCCAAGCUUCUUACUGCUCUCGCCGUUGCUGGCGUGGCCUCGGCCGCCGGCACCAACGUUGCCAAGUUCAACGCUUACUGGGGUCAGAGUGGUCCUGCCACUGAGCGUCUCAAGGAUCGCUGUGACGAGGGCGCCGACUACAUCAGCCUGUCCUUUGUCACUUCCUCCCCCGAGAACAACCCUACCGGCUACCCUGGCAUCGGCUUUGCCGCUCACUGCUGGGCCACUGGCUUCCCCGUGAAUGGUGUCCAGUCCCAGCUGCUCGACCACUGCGGCACAAUCAUCGAGGAUCUCCAGUACUGCCGUGACAAGGGCAUCAAGAUGCUCCUCUCCAUCGGUGGCGUUUGGGACGAAAAGAGAUCCGACUAUCGCGUCACUACUGAGAAGAACGGCCGUGACUUCGCCGACUUCCUCUGGGGUGCUUUCGGUCCUUGGGAUCCCUCUUGGAAGGGCCCUCGUCCUUUUGACACCUAUGUCAACGGCGUCAUCACCAAGCACACCGCCGUCGACGGCUUCGACUUUGAUCUGGAGCUUCCCCAGGUCAACGGUCAGAACUUUGAUAACAAGCCUUGGAUCGCUAUGGCCGACCAGUUCCGCUCUCACAGCAAGGGUGUCAUCAUCACCGGUGCUCCCCAGUGCCCUACCAGCCCCCAGUGGUUCGCCAUGAAGGACAUGAUCCAGCAGACUCAGUUCGACGCCCUCUUCAUCCAGUUCUACAACAACGUCGGCUGUGACCUGAUCAUUGGCAACGACCCCACCAACCCCAACGACGAUUUCAACUACGACCAGUGGGAGGACAUCAUUGCUGCGAGCGACAACAGCAAGAACGCCAAGCUCUUUGUCGGCGUCCCUGGUGUCGCCACCCCCAAGAACCCGCAGGACGGCUACGUCACCCCCAGCCAGCUUGAGCACAUCAUCUGUAAGAUUGCCAAGCGUGACUCCUUUGGUGGUAUCUCCGUCUGGGACAUGUGGGCCGGCAAGGAAAACGUUAUUGGCGGCAAGUCUUUCAACCAGCACGUCCAGGACAUUCUAAGCAAGUGCGGUGCGCACACGACCACGACCACCACUACGACGACCACGACUUCUACGACCUCGAGCACUACGAGCACGACGACGACGACGACCUCCAGCUCUUCCAGCAUCACCACCACCACCUCGUCCAGCUCCAGCACUCCCACCGCGACUAGCACCUCGACUUCGUCUUCCACCAGCAGCCAGUCUACCUCUAGCUCCAGCAGCUCUUCCUCCGUGAGCUCCAGCUCCAGCUCCUCUGCCGUCACAACCAGCAGCUCUAGCUCUGUUGUCUCUACCUCGCAGUCUAGCUCAAGCUCAUCCACUGUCCCUACUGGAAGCUCCAGCAGCAGCUCUGCCGUCACAACCGGCUCUAGCUCCUCUGCUCAGCCCACUGGUAGCUCCAGUUCCAGCUCCGCUGUGACUACCAGCUCUACCUCGUCUGCUGCUCCUACGUCCGUGUCGAGCUCCAGCUCCGUUGUCCCUACUUCUCAGUCCAGCUCCUCGGGCUCUGUUCCCACCUCGUCUGGCACGGCCAUCCCUACCUCGGUCUCCAGCUCCAGCAUCGUCCUCACCACUGGACCUGCCACCACCACUGGCCCUGUGACCACGGCUCCUUGGAGCAACACCACCACGACCUCGCAGGAGAUGACCACCAGCACCGUCUUCACGACCACGACCCGCACCAUCACGUCGUGCGCCCCCACCGUGACCAACUGCCCUGCCCGUGUCGUCACCGAGACCAUUGCUCUGUACACAACCGUCUGCCCCGUGACCAAGACCAACCAGCCUCCCAAGCCCACUGCCACCCCCAGCCAGUCCACCGAGGAGCUGACGACCAGCACUGUCUACACCACGACCACUUACACCAUCAGCAAGUGCCCUCCCAGCGUCACUAACUGCCCCAUCGGCCAUGUGACCACGGAGACCAUCUCUCUGUCGACGACUGUCUGCCCCGUCACCAAGACCAACGAGGUUCCCCAGCCUACCCAGCCCGCUGGCAAGCCUCCUGGUGGUGAGCAGCCCUCCAGCCAGCAGCCCUCCAGCCAGCAACCCUCUGGCAGCAAGCCCACUGGCCCCCUGACCACCACCACCCUGCACAGCACCAAGACCGUCAUCAAGACCCUGUCCCUGGUCCCUGAGACAACUCUGACUGUCGUCCCCGUCAAGCCCACUGGCAGCAGCAAGUGCCCCGGCGGUCCCAACUGCCCUGCUCCUGCUCCUUCUGGCGAGCUCACAAAGUGCCCCGGCGGCCCCAACUGCCCUCCCGUCGGCACCGGUGCCCCUUCGGCUCCGAUUGUCAAGCCCACCACCCCCAUCGUCACGGGCGGUGCCUCUUCGGUCGCCGCUGGUCUGGUUGCUCUCGUGGCUGCCCAACUCUUCCUCCUGUAA